AUGCCACCCCCCCAACCGCCCUCCAUGUUCCCCUCAACCUUCCUAACCCAAUUCCUCCCCAACCUCCCCAGCCGCAAGGCCCUCAUGAUCCUCGACCUCCAAAACGACUUCGUCAAACCAGACGGCGCCCUCUUCGUCCGCAAUGUCCCGGACUUCCUCGACACCGUCACCCUGCUUGCCCAGCGCUUCCGCGAAACAGGCAAUGUCGUCUGGGUCCAGACGCAGUUCGAGCAGAGACGCCCCGUCUUCAACCCGGACCGCGGCGGGGAGAUGGUCGUCGUGGAUAAAAUGCCGCCGCCCGCUGGUGAUGGCAAUAGUAGUAGCAGCAGCAGCAGCAGCAGCAGCAGCAGCAGUGAGGGUGCACUGGAUGAUGGCGGCGAUGGCAACGAUGGCGGUGCCAAUGGUGCGGUAAAUGGUCGGCCGGCUGCGAAAAGUCCUGUUCUGCGGAGGAUACGGGGGAAGAAGACGGCGGCGAAUUCGCGCCGUGAGCAGCCUUCGCUGUACUCGGAGGAUCCGGAGGCCUUUCUGUCCCUCCCCGCUAUUAUUAAUAAGACCGGAGACGGCGGCGGUGGCGGCCCGCGCCGCUGCUGUCUGCCAAAGUCGGUCGGCUGCCAGUUCCCCGCACCCAUCCUCUCGGCCAUCGACCACGAGCGGGACACCGUGCUGGUAAAAUCCGAUUACUCUGCUUUCCAAUCGGAUGACCUCCUCCUCUCCUUCCGCACGCAGUUCAUCAGGGAACUCUACAUCUGCGGCUCGCUGUCUAAUGUCUCGGUUUACGCCACGGCGCUCGAUGCGGUUUCGCAUGGCUUGGACGUUACGCUUGUCGAGGACUGUCUGGGCUUUAGAAGCUUUUCGCGCCAUGAAGAGGCCAUGAGGCGCAUGGCAGACAUGAUGGGAGCCAAUGGCAUUACGAGCAAGGAGUUGACCGAGGAGCAGGAUUGGGAGGAGGCAGCUGCGCCUCCGGAGCAGUGGCCGGAGCAAUCCACCCCCUCCACCCCCGUGGGAAUCGAGGCGGACAUGGAUAUCCUCGCGGUCAAAUCUCCCCGGCAAUCCACCCGGUCGACGCCCAGGGGUGGCAGAGGGCACACCCCCUCCGCCUCCCUGGCUGAUGCGCGCGUCACUACCCUGGAGUCUGAAGACGAAACGGUUGAAGACGAUCAUUUACGAAGGCCUCAUAUACGGCGGGCCGCAUCCCGAUCCCAGGAUUCUUCCCACCCCUGUGCCGCCGCGUCUACCCCUGCGGCUCUCAGACUGAAACCCAAUCGUGCGCGCAUGAGAAGGCCCCGAAGGUCAGUCUCCCACGAUGAGACAAAUCAGUCCACCGACCAACCGCAAUCCCAAUCGCAACCCCAACCCCAAUCCCAAUCCCAAUCCCAGCUUCGGUCGCGGAGGCAACCGCUCGACACCACCACCUCGCCAGCCGAUCCUUCUUCCCGUGGUAUAACACGGCCUAGAAGAAGCACACGAGCCCAAAACACCCUCCUCGGCCCCAAUGACAGAAUAGGCGAGGGCGACUCCCGCAUCCUCUACGAUCUACCUCUACCCCCCAAAACCUUCGACCUGCUCCGCGACGAGGUUAACUGGCAGAAAAUGUACCAUAUGUCCGGCCAGGUGCCGCGGCUGGUAGGCGUCCAGGGCGCAAUGCAGCUGGACAAUUCGGUCCCCGUCUACAGGCACCCGGCAGACGAGUCGCCGGCCCUCUUGCCGUUCUCGAAAACUGUCAAUGCGGUGCGACGGGUCGUCGAGAAGCUGCUUGGGCACCCGCUUAAUCAUGUUCUCAUUCAGCUGUAUCGGGAUGGCCAGGAUCGGAUUUCGGAACAUUCGGAUAAAACGCUCGAUAUUCAGCGGGGCUCUUAUAUCUGCAAUGUCAGCCUCGGGGCGCAGAGGACGAUGACGCUGCGGACUAAACCUUCGGCGAAUGCGAGGGGUGGAGCUGCUGUUGCUGUUGCUGAUGCUGGAGCUGGAGCUGGUGCUGGUGCUGGUGCUGAUACGGACGCGGAUGCGGAUGCGGAUACUGACGCUGGCGGUAGAGCUUCAAAGGGCAAAGGAACCUCCGGGGCAUCAACCCGCCGAACCCAAAAGGUCCCCUUGCCACACAACUCCCUCUUCAUCCUCGGCGAGAAGACAAACAUGCGCUGGCUCCACGCCAUCCGCGCCGACAAACGGCCCGCCGCCGCAAAGCUGCCAGAAGAACUCGCCUUCGGCGGCGAGCGCAUCUCCCUCACCUUCCGCCACAUCGCCACCUUCAUCAACCCGGACGCAGACACCAUCUGGGGCCAGGGGGCGAUUUCCAAAACCAAGCAAUCGGCCGGCCAAAUCGUGCAUGGCGAGGCUGCGGAGACGGAACGGAUGAUCAGGGCAUUUGGGCAGGAGAACCAGCAGAGCGACUUCGAUUGGGAGGGCCAUUAUGGGCGCGGGUUUGAUGUUGUCAACUUCUCCACGGUGUUGGUGGGGAAGCUGUUGCGCUGCGGGGAUGAGGUGGCGGACCUGAGGGUGCGGUUGUGCUUUGUGGAGAAUGGGGUGCGCUUUGAGGUUGUGGGUGUUGACGAGUUUCCGGCGGCGUUGAGGGGGACGCUGUCGCUCCCGCAUCGGAGUGAGAGUCGCGGGGCGAGGCCGGUUUAUAUGGAUGUCGACGGCGCGACGUGCAUUGCGGGUGAUGAGAGUAUUUUGCUUCAUGUGGCGAGGUUGAAGGGCUUGGAGAAGACUGAGGAGCAGAGGCAGUCGAAGAGUCCGAGCCCGAGCCCGAGUCCGAGUCCGAGUCCGAGUCCGAGUCCGAGUCCGCGUCCGAGUCCUGGCGCUGGCAAAGCGCGCGUCGAAAAGAAGCAGUCGCAACGACAGCAGCGACAGCAGCAGAAGCAGCAGCAGCAGAAACCAGAGCACAAACAGGCCCCAUCCCUGCAUGACAAACUGCGUGAAACGGACGACUUGCUCCGCUCCUGGCGCCGGUUCCAGAAGCUGAAAACCCCGCACAGUGUCCUGCGCCAGAUGGACGGCUUUGAGGUUAUUCUGCGCCACAAGGCGUUUUAUGCGGGCCAGUUCUUUGGGAUUGAGGAUUGCGCGCUCUGGCCGGUUGUUAGGGAUAUUAUUAUGGAGGUUGGGAUGUUGGAUGAGAGCCGGUUUCCGGCGCUGAUGGGCUACUAUCAGAGGGUUGGGAGGAGGGGCUGUGUUAGGGCGGUUUUGGAGGAGGUGGCUCGGGAGAAGGAGAGGGAGAGGGCGGGGUAG